AUGCUAAAACUGAAUAGGAGGCUACUCCUAUGGUUAUCACUACUACUCACCGGAUUUCUGAUAUAUCGAUUCGCGACAUUGGAGGAUUCUGGAGGGGGGAAGAGGAUUCAGAUGCGAAAACAGACGGAAACGAAGAAAGAGAGAGGAGAUGGAAGUUUGAUAGAGGAAGUGCAGGAGGAGCAGCAAAUUGAUACAAAAUGCUACUACGACAAUCAAUGUGCCCUCCCUCAAAUGCUAUUCCGUGUCCGAACAGAAACGGACAAUUCUCCGCCAUUCGCAUGUCUCAACGAUAUCAAACUAUUCGACACUGAAAAUAUCGGUAGAGGCGUCAACGCCGCGAUUCUCAACGGCACCACCGGAGAUAUUCUGGAGACGGCGACGUUCGACGUGACGGCUUCUGACGAGAAGCUGAUGAGAUGGCUGUUGGCGGCGCCCGACGCCUCACUCCUUGUCGCCGCCUCAUUUGGUGACGUGGCGGAGCACGUGUCACGUCAAUCACGUCAACUGUUUGAAGCGUUUGGAGCCGAGAAAAUUGAUAAAUGGAGAGUGGGGAGUGCGUAUGCUAUCAUCGGACAACGGGGGAUUCAGAAGGGCGAGGCGAAGGAGAUGGUGGCGAAAUUAGUGGGGGAUGGAGGAGAUUUGAAGUUGUUUGAGGGGUGUUUCGAGUUGCCGAUUUCAAAGACAAAGCAUGUCGAGUUGAAGAUUGAUGGACCGCCUGUGCAUAGAGCCGACGAAUCAAAGCUCGCUGAACUCGGCGCGUUCGAAGCGGAUCUGCUGCAAAACAAAAAUACGGUAGAGUACGGGACGAAAUGGAAAAAUUGCGGAAUGCAGCGCCCGUGCAAUGAAGAUGACUCGAUUGCCGUUCAUUUCUUCUCCGGAGAGCAUAAGGAUGACCAUCCGAAGAUGUGUAUAGGGGGACGAAUGCUUUUUGAUAAGGACUUAAACAACGCUGGGCGUGGCUUAAAUCUGGCAAUGUUAGAGCCAAAAACGGGGAGAGUGACGGCGGUGGCGCAUUUUGAUACUUAUGAGGAUGAAUCCCGUGGCCUCGUCGAAUGGCUCGACGCGGUGCCCGCUGGCUACAUUGUCGCCGUCGUCAGUUUCGAUGAGGCGUCCAAUAUGUUGUCGGAAAUGGCACGUCGCAUAUUUUAUGAGAUGGGAUCCUCUAUGAUCGAUCGGCUGAAAUUUCGCGCCUCGUGGUAUUUCGUCGGACAGAAGGGCAUCGGAGCGUAUACGCCGUUUGAGGAUUUGAAUAUUCCACAGGGCAAUAAUUGGGCGAAUCCCAUACAGACAUCGUUUUGUUUGCCCAAAUCGCUCCACAAAUGGGCGGGGCGAAAAGACACCCUAACCGCCGCCUCCUCCUCCAUCUCCUCCGACGUCCGAAACCUACCGAAACGUCAUUUCUGCGCGAAAUACGACCGUCACGAGGAGUUCUGUAAUGGCGCGAAAAUUGAUUCCCCCAUCAUGCCACGUCAUCUCCACGACGAACAACGCGCCAACGACGCCAUAUUCAACGUGCCAAUUCUGGUGGCGUCUGGCCUGGCACCCGACUCACUCCGUAUCACUUUAGAGUCGCUACUCAAUCAGGAGGGGUUGAAUACCCAAAUGGUGCUGGUGACAUAUGAUAAAGAGUACUCGGAGAAUGGGGAUCUAGCCGCGUUGUUUCAUGUGAAAAGUGUGGCGAUUCAGUCGAAUGGGAGUUAUAAUGCGCACCUUCUUCUCUCCCUGUCCAACGCGUUCUCCAUCUUCCCCGAUGCUUCAUCCGUCAUUGUCAUCGAAGAGGACGUCACCCUCUCCUCCGACUAUCUUCACUACUUCUCGUCCAUCUAUGAACCAUACAAAGCGGACGCCACUAUCGAUUUGGCAAUGGCGUUUAAUUCGAAUGGAUUCACGGCGACUUCUGGAGACGGUCAAACUGUGUAUCGAAUCAAGAAUCAUCUGCCGGUUGGAUCGUAUUUGAUGAAAAGGGAUUUGUAUGAGAAACAUAUCCGGUUGAGAGAGUUCUGCUGCACCGAACGCGGAAAUUGGGAUCUCCGUGACUCCACCUCCCUCGUACCCGCCCUUUCACGCAUCGAGAUCCGUGUCGAUGAGUUGGAGAAACAGAAUAUUCUGUUUAGAAGAGGCCAUCGGAUUCAUAGCCAACAAGACCAUUUGAUCAAUACGGAAUUCGAGACUGCCGACGAGUAUUUGGCGUUUUUGAAUCAACUCGUACAGAAUACCAAAAAAUCGAUACCCACCAGUGACGUCAUCUCCAUGGGAUGUGAAAAGUGGGCGGAGUCUCUGGACCCAAAAUCGCUGAAAUCGAUACUGAUGACCUACUCAAAGGCGCCAGAAGUCGAAUCGAUAUUCGAGUGUCUGAAAAUGUAUUGGACACCAAAAAUAUUGAGGAGCAAUACGGUUUUCAGAUUCACUCUCCACCAGUCAAUUGAAGUGAUCAUUGUGCCGGAAACGUUGAAAAUUGAAUAA